AUGAAGCUCUCGGAGAAAGAUAAACCCUAUGUAGAUAUCCAGGGACUGACAGCCUCCACCAUGGAAAUCCUGCUAGACUUUGUAUAUACAGAAACUGUUCACGUGACAGUAGAAAAUGUCCAAGAAUUGCUCCCAGCGGCGUGUCUGCUUCAGCUGAAAGGUGUGAAACAAGCUUGCUGUGAGUUUCUAGAAAGCCAGCUGGAUCCAUCAAAUUGUUUGGGCAUUCGGGAUUUUGCUGAGACACACAAUUGUGUUGAUCUAAUGCAAGCUGCAGAGGUCUUCAGCCAGAAACAUUUUCCAGAGGUGGUUCAGCAUGAAGAGUUUAUCCUCUUAAAUCAAGAAGAGGUUGAAAAGCUCAUCAAGUGUGAUGAAAUUCAGGUGGACUCUGAAGAGCCGGUUUUUGAGGCAGUUAUAAACUGGGUGAAGCACUCGAAAAAAGAACGAGAAGCAUCGCUGCCAGAACUGCUGCAGUACGUGCGCAUGCCGCUUCUCACCCCCCGCUACAUCACAGACGUCAUCGACACCGAGCCUUUUAUACGAUGCAGUCUGCAGUGCAGAGACCUCGUAGAUGAAGCUAAGAAAUUCCACCUUCGGCCCGAGCUUCGGAGUCAGAUGCAAGGACCCAGGACAAGAGCACGUCUAGGAGCUAAUGAAGUCCUGCUUGUGAUCGGCGGCUUUGGCAGCCAGCAGUCACCUAUUGAUGUUGUGGAGAAGUAUGACCCGAAGACUCAGGAGUGGAGUUUCUUGCCAAGCAUCACCCGUAAGAGGCGUUACGUUGCUACAGUGUCCCUGCACGAUCGGAUCUAUGUGAUAGGGGGGUAUGAUGGUCGCUCUCGUCUCAGCUCAGUGGAGUGCUUGGAUUACACAUCAGAUGAGGACGGUAUCUGGUACUCCGUGGCUCCGAUGAACGUACGGCGAGGCCUGGCGGGAGCCACAACCCUGGGAGACAUGAUCUAUGUUUCCGGUGGAUUUGAUGGAAGCCGACGUCACACCAGUAUGGAACGAUACGACCCGAACAUUGAUCAGUGGAGUAUGCUGGGAGACAUGCAGACAGCCCGGGAAGGAGCAGGGCUGGUUGUAGCCAAUGGAGUUAUCUACUGCCUCGGUGGCUACGAUGGGCUGAACAUACUGAAUUCUGUAGAGAGGUAUGAUCCCCACACUGGACACUGGACAAAUGUCACUCCAAUGGCCACUAAGCGUUCAGGGGCCGGAGUGGCUCUGCUGAACGACCAUAUUUACGUGGUUGGGGGGUUCGAUGGCACAGCACAUCUCUCCUCCGUGGAAGCCUACAAUAUUCGCACUGAUUCCUGGACAACUGUAACAAGCAUGACGACCCCCCGCUGCUACGUGGGGGCCACCGUGCUGCGGGGAAGGCUGUAUGCCAUCGCUGGAUAUGAUGGCAACUCACUGCUGAGCAGCAUUGAGUGCUACGAUCCCAUCAUUGACAACUGGGAAGUGGUAACCUCCCUGGGGAUGCAGCGCUGUGAUGCUGGAGUCUGCGUCCUUCGGGAGAAGUGA